CUUUGGCAAGCUUUACAGUACUUUGUCUAGGAACUAUCUGCGUCUUAGCUUGAGCCUGCCCGCGUCAACCACAGCGUAGCUGUCGCGUCAGUGCACCUGCCCUGCUUAAUACGAGCGCGUUUUGGUCUCUUCCACCACGUCACAGACAUUCUACAGUCUUAAUUAUGGCUAAAUAGCCCUCAGACGUCGACCCCAUCACAACCAUUGCAGCUGAAACAAGCAUCGGAAGGCGAAAUGGCAGCGCCACCGCCACGUCCAAACCGCGACGCAGGGCCCCCGGCGCUGCGUCAGCCCGCAUCAAGACCGCGGGCGACAUCAGCAGGCGAACUGCUUGACGAUGCGAUUCCGCGGCCGUCGUGUCAACCGGCGCCCCGGCCAACCCCUCCUCCGGCGCCCCGGCCAACCCCUCCUCCGCUGCCUCCCUUCCUGGGCCGCCCUGUGCGUACCACCCGCGCGGAACCAAGCCGCGAUGCCCCUAAGGAAGGCAUCAGCGGUGGCACCAGCUCUGCACAGCAGCCACCAGUGCAUAGCAAAGCACGCCAGGGCAGUGGCGGCGGCGGCAGCGGCGCAGCGUCCGUGUAUGCCGUCUCGCCCAGCGCUCGGCUAUGCGCGACGCGCCUGCGAGACAACGCCUGCACCUGGGGCGACGCCGCGCACUGCUCAGUCACGAUUACCUCUGCCUCCAUCGCCGCGCCGGGUGCAGCGGCUGCGCCUACCGCCUCGCACGGCGGCGCUUACCCACCACCUCCCAGCACCGCCGUUGCCGCCGCCGCCGCCACAACUGCCGCGUCCUUUCCUUCAUCAUCGGCCGCGGCCACCUCCCAAUUUACCUGGGCUGCGCUAUCUUUCGGCGAGCGUCACGGCGCCGGCAUCACCACCUCGGGCCAGCUGCUGGCCUGGGGCAUGAAUAAUCGCGGCCAAGUCGGCUGGGGUGAGGACCGAGCCCACAGCAGCCGCAAGAUAGGAGGUGCCUGUGCUGACGCCAGCACAGCCGCCACCGUGACGACGACAGGCUCCGGUGCCGGCGCCGGUGCCGGCGCCAGCAUGGGUCCUGCGGGCCUGCAGGGUGUGGCAGAGCCGGGCGUGCCACGGCCGGUGUUCCUGGCGCCGUCGGUGACUGUGCAGGCGGUGGCGUGCGGCGGCGAGCACACGCUGGCCCUCACGAGCGUGGGCGUCCUGGCCUGGGGAUGCAACCGCCUGAACCAGUGCGGCCUGGGCGCGGGCGCACCCGCAACUGCAUGGCGGCCGGAGCCGGUGCCAGCGCUGCUGGGGCUGCCGGUGUGCCAGCUGGCGGCCGGGCGGGAGCACUCGCUGGCGCUCACGCAGCAAAGUCAGGUGUUCUCCUGGGGCGGCGGCGGCUCGGGCCAGCUGGGCCUGGGUGACCGCCGCUCGCGCGCCGUCCCCACCUGCCUGGAGGGUUUGUGGGCGCUGCCCGUGGUCGCCAUCGCCGCCGGUGCCGUCCACUCGGCCGCCGUCACCGCCAGCGGCCACGCCUUCGUCUGGGGCAGCAACCACUACGGCCAGCUGGGGCUGCUGCCCGAGCCUUGGCUGGAGCCCACAGCCGCAGCAGCGGGCGGGGGCGCAGGCGGCAGCAGUGGCCAGCAGGGCCGCGGCAUGGGCGGCGGCGCAGGGCCGAGCAGAGGCGCAAGCGGCCUUGGGGCGGGUGGGGCAAGCCCGCCCAGCACCCCGCCACGUGCCGGCGGCCGGCCGCUGCAGUUGCAGCUGCAGUUCAGCCCGGGCAGCCCGCGCUCGCCGGGCGCCCGCCGCGCUGCUAUGAGGCGUGCCAACGGCGGCGCGGGCAGGCGCGGAUGCGACUCCGCGGGGCUGCUGGCAAUGGUGGAGAUGGGCAUUCCGCGCCGGCACGCCCGGAUUGCCCUGGAGGAGACGGGCAACGCCGGCGUGGAAGUCGCGACAGAGUGGCUGUUCUCCGCGGACCGCUCCGCCAUCCUGAACGCGCCCUCUGAUGACGAAGACGAUGAGACCUUUCACAGUUCCCGCAGCGCCCACCACCUCCCCUCCUCCGCUGCCGCUGCUGCUGCUGCCGCUGCUGCUGCCGCACGAACGCCUGCUGUGGCUGCGCGCGCUGCCCUCAGCCGCCACGCCGCGCGCGCCUCUGGCGAGGACGACAGAGCGGCUCAGAGGCUGGGUUUGGGCGGCGGCCGGCGGGGCGAGGAGGCCGCGGAGGAGCGGCACGAGAGCGCCUGGUGUGAGGAUGAGCUGGCGGUGCUGGAGCCACGCCGCGUGCCGCUCAAGGGUGUGCGGCAGCUGGCGGCGGGCGCCCGCCACACGGUGGCGCUCACCGACGACGGCGUGUAUGUCUGGGGCGAGGGCGGCGCUGGAGCGCUGGGUCUGGGUGAUGAUGAGGAUCGCGACAUGCCCUGCCGCCUGCCCAUGUUCACGUCAGCGGCCCACGUCAGCCCCGCUGCCGCUGGUGCUGGUGCUCCUGCCGCGGUGGCAGCGGCCGCUGUGGCGGCUGGCGGCAGCGGUGGCUGGGCGGCGGGAGGGGAGGUGGUGAAGACGGGGAUGGGGCUGGUCGGCGGAGUGCACCAGACGGCGGUUGCGGCGGGUGGCGUGCGCUCUCGGCUGGCACGCGCGGCAUGCAGCGGCGGUGGUGCCAGCGCUUCUUCUUCGGUGUCGGCGGCGGCGCCCGCCAUUCUCCGUGUCGCAGCUGGCGCGCGCCACUCAUUGUUCCUUGCCACGGACGGGGCGGUGUAUUGGUGUGGAAGCAUGCCGCCCGUGGCCCCUGCUACAGCAGCUGCUGCCGGCGCUACAGCCUUCGGAGGCCGGGAGACGACGGCUGCCGCCGCCGCAGCAGCAGCAGCCGGCGCUGCUGCUAUUGGAACAAUGGCAGGCGGCUUGCGCGCAGCUGCUGCAUCACCAGGUGCAGGUGCUGCCCCUGCAGCAGCGGGCACGGUGCCGCUGCCUGGCCUCACCUCGCCCGGGUCAGCGCCGUGCCCAGCGGCCCCGCCCGCCGGCGCUCUAGCUAGCGGCGGCGACCGCAGGGCCGCGGUGUGGGUGUCUUGGGUGCCACGCCUGCUGGACCUGCCGCGCCCCCGCACCGCGUCUCUGGGCGCGGCUUCCGCCGCCGGUGGCGGCGGCGGCGGCGGCGGUAGCAGCCGCGAGGGUGGUGCUGGCCGGGCAGCGACGGCGCCUGUGGUGUUUGACGUGGUCGCGGGCGGCGGUACCAGCGGCCUAUUGUACUGCAGCCCGCACGAGCUGCCGCAGAUGGCUGCCGCCGCUGCCGCCCUGCCCGGCCCCGCGCUGCUGAACCGCCUGCGCACGUCCAUCGAGUGCGCGGCGCAGGCUCGCGCGGCGGGUGUGGACCUGGCCACGCUGUCCGCCUGCCUCAAGGCCGUUACGGCAGGCGUUCAGAUGGUCCUGAGCAGCCCGGCAGCCAUAACGGCGGCGUUCAGCCGCUGCUGCCGCACACCCGGCGGCGCCAGUGUGGCUGCCGCGCUGCGUUUGUCCGCCGCCGGCAGCAGCAACAGCCCGCUGAGCGGUGUUGGCAGCGGCGGCGACGGCAGUAGCACGUCCGGCAGUAGCAACUGGAGCAGCAGUAGCAGUAGCGGCUCGGCGAUGGGGCUUGACGCGCAGCUGCUUGAUGACGUGCUCACCAGCGUGCGGCAGCUGUUUGCUGCUAGGCCGGGCGAUGAUGCCAACGUGGCCUCUACAGUGGCCGAGUUGCACCGCUUCUCGGUCGUCACCGCGCUCCAGCGUGCGGCCACGGAAUUGGUGGACGACCUGGCGGCACACGCCAGGCAGCUGGGCACGCCCGAGAGAGCGCAGGUGCUGCUGGCGGCGCUGCAGCACCCAAUGCUCGCAGAGCCGUCCUGCGCGCGACAGCUGGUGCCCAAGCUGGUGUCCACGGUUAUGGCGGCGCCGGCCGUAACGCGCACAUGGCUGGUGCGCUGGUGGGCCGAAUACCCAGGCCCCCUGCUGGAGACCCGUGUGGUGGCCCCGCUGCAGGACUACCUCACACGCGAGCUGGGCGCAACCAAGAAGCUGACGACGAGUGUGAUGAACACCAUCAAGGUGCUGUCCAAGGUGGAGGAGGCGGCCGGGCUCAGCCGCAGCCUGCCGCCCGAGGCCUUCUACAACUCGCUCAUCUCAGACAAGAUGGACGUGCAGGACCACUACACGGCGUGGCGGCAGGCGCAGGAGCUGACGCACGGCCGCGACCCGCCCGCCGACGCGCCCUUCAGCUUCUGCUCCUACCCCUUCCUCCUGAACGCCCGCGCAAAGGCGCACCUGCUGGCGCUGGAGGCGCGCUUCAUCAUGGAGCAAAGUGUGGCGCAUGCGCGCAUGGAGGUGCAGUUGUACGGCGGCGGCGGCGCGGCGCGGCGCCGCGCUGAGGAGGGCCCAGUGCUGCAGGGCCACGGCAAGGGUGACGUUGGCACGCCGGGUCAAGGCCGUGUCAGCGGCUCUGGGGCGGCAGGAGGCGCAGCGGGCAGCAACACCAGCAAUAGCCGCACACCGAGCGCCGGCCGUGGUUAUUUGUGGCAGCGGCAGCGCUCGGAUCGUGCGGCCGGCUCGGGAGGCAGCAGCCCGGAGUCGGCCACAGGCGGCAGUAGCAUCGGCGGCGGCGGCGGUGGAGGCGGCGGCAGUAGCAGGCGUGCUUCGCGCAGCGACGCUGCGGCGUCACGUGCCGGCAGCCCCAGCAGCAGUGGCAGUAGCACAGGCGGCAGUGGCGGCAGCAGCAGCAGGGUUGGCAGCUCGCUGCGGAACCUGUUUGGGCUGUGGCGGAACAGGGCGGGACGGCCCGCCACGGCUAGCAGCAGCGGCAGCAGCGCCGGCGACUCGCACGGUCGUGGUGGCGGCGGGUCCAGCCAUGAGCUGCCGCCCCCCUCCCGCUGCAGUGUGCCGGGCGUGCACAGCGACAUGUGCAUUGUGCGGGUGCGGCGCAGCCACUUGGUGGAGGACGCGCUGGAGGAGGUGGGCCGGCAGACGCGGAGCGACCUGCUCAAGCCGCUCAGGGUUCACUUCAUCGGCGAGGAGGGCAUUGACGCGGGCGGCGUGAAGAAGGAGUUCUUCGCGCUGCUCAUGGAGCGGCUGCUGGACCCCGGGUACGGCCUCAUGGCAUACGACCCAGCCAGCCGUACCUACUGGUUCAACGCCUCCUCUCUGGAGCCCGCCUCCUCCUACUUCCUGCUGGGGCUGGUGCUGGGGCUGGCCGUGUACAACCGCGUGCUGCUGGCCUUCCCCGCGCCGCUGCUGCUGUACCAGCGGCUGAGGGGCGGCCGGGAGCUGGGGCUGCGCGACCUGGAGGGCUGGCAGCCGGAGCUGGCCAAGGGGCUGAGGCACAUACUGGAGUACGACGGCCCGGAGCCGCUGGCUGAUGUGUUCGGCCUGACGUUCAGUGUGGACGUGGAGCGCUUCGGAGCCAUUGAGACCGUGCCACUCAAGCCAGGCGGUGACCAGCUGCUGGUGACGGAGGCCAAUCGGGCCGAGUACGUGUCGCUGCUGGCGGCCUGGCACAUGGAGCGCGCCACCGCGGAGCAGUACGAGUCGUUCGCGGCGGGGUUCCGGGUGCUGUGCGAGGGGCCCGCCAUGUCCCUCUUCAACGCGCAGGAGCUGGAGCGGCUGGUGUGCGGCAACCCGCGGCUGGACUUCACCGCACUGAAGGACGCGGCGCGCUACGACGGCGGCUACAGCCGCGGCAGCGCCGCGGUGGGCUGGCUGUGGGACAUCGUGCUGAACGAGCUGGGGCCAGAGGAGCAGCGCGCCUUCCUGAAAUUCUUCACUGGCAGCGACCGCUCCCCACUGGGCGGCUUGGGCAGCCUGCGCCCCGUCAUCCAGCGCGACGGCCCAGACUCCCACAAGCUGCCCACCGCACACACCUGCUUCAAUACCUUGCUCCUGCCCGAAUACUCCUCGCGCGCCAAGCUGCUGCGGCUGCUGCGCCUGGCCAUCAACAACUCGGAGGGCUUCGGGCUGCAGUAGCUGCCCGAGCUGGCAGGAGGAGGCGAGUAGCAGGGGGGAAUUGCAUGUAGAGAAACGCCGAGCAGGGUGGUGUUGAAAUGCAGUUCAUGGAGCGGGGGAUGAAGGCUUAGGGCGGUGAAGGACACAAGCGCGUGGGGAGGUACAGGGUGAUGGGGAGGCAGCAUGCACUCGCAUGCAUAUCAGCGGCAUGUAUACGCAGGGGAGCAUAUGCGCGUGCAGCCGUGCAGGAUGGCUACUUGUUGUCUGGAUACAUGAAUGGCAGGGGUGCGGUGUUGAAUUGUCCCUGCUGCUACCCGAAGCAUGCACAGCAUUGGCGGUCAUACCAAUACGAACGUUCACUCACAUAUACGGACCAAAGCGGAUGGGUGAACAUGCCCUGCACUACGUAUGUAUUGAGGCCAGUCAGGCCACUGUAAUACACCCACCUA